AUGUUGGAUUUACAAAAUUACAAGAAGAUUGUCGAUAAUUUUAGAUCAUCUCAAGACGAGAUUCGAUUUUUAGACCAGCAACCUCCAAAAGAAGCUGACUUAUAUGUACUCGAUAGUUCCUUUAAUCCUCCGCACAAUGCGCACUUGGGAAUGUGUCAUUUUGUUCCUGAAGGAAGUAACUUAGUUUUGCUUUUGAGCAUUGCAAACGCUGACAAAACUGAGGCUCCAGCGACCUUGGACAUUAGGUUAACAAUGUUGGAAGCUCUAAAACAACGUAUUAAGAACCGUAAUGUUUCAAUCGCCCUUUGUAAGUACGCACUAUUUGCCGACAAAUGUGUAUGUUUGUCAAAGUACUGUUCUCCUAAAGAGCAAAUUUAUUUGGUCGGAUUUGACACUUUGAUAAGAAUUCUGAAUUGUAAAUAUUAUCCAGAAAAAUCGAUUCAAAAAACUUUGAGUCCCUUUUUUGAGCGCUCUCGAAUUCUCUGCUUUUAUCGCGAAACAGAUGAUUCAACAAGAGAAGAGCUGCAGAAAACCUACCCAUCCAAACUUGAGAAAGGAGAACUAGAAAAUGUGGCUACAGAAUGGUCUACUAGGAUUCACUUUGCCAAAUUGGACAGCAACAUGGGAAAAGGUGUUAGCAGUACAGCAAUACGAAAAGCCAUUUCUUCUGGCAACGAAGGAGUGCAAUCACGGAUGAUACCAAAUGAAGUCUUAACUAUCAUAAAAGUUACAAAUCCCUACAGCUAA